AGACGGCCUUUAUGUGGAUAAAGAAGACAUUUAGGUCUAACACACUCAGCCAUUGUCUCAAUACACAACCUCCUGAAGAACCCAGCCUACAUCGGUCACAUCUAUGAUGUAAUACAGAGAGCUGAUGUAAUGGAGGUAUGUGAGAGCAGUGUAAAGGAGCGAGGGAACCUAGGGAAAUCCACCAUAGAGCCAGGGUUGAAGAGGCUCUCCUUUGCAUACCAGAGCCUCCUGGAAAUUCCUUAUGAUGUCAUUCUUAAACAGCAGGACACCCUAGAGGUCCUGGAUCUCAGUUAUAACCUGCUGGAUGACUCUUCUGGGGGAGCUGGACAAGCUGAGCACUCUCAUCCUGGAUGGCAACAACUACAGCACUCAUGUCAAAUUCCCCUACAUGCCAAGUCUCACCACACUGUGGAUCAACAAGAACAAGAUAAGCAAUCUUCCCAUCAUAGUCGAGGAAAUACGCUGCAAGUUCCCUAAUGUUAAGAUACUCAGUAUGAUGAACAAUGAAGCAGCACCCAGUUAUUUUAAUGGAGGCAGUCUGACACAGUACGCUGAUUACAGGCAGUAUGUUAUCAGUCAGAUCCCCUGUCUGGAGGUGCUGGAUGACACUGAGGUGCAGGAGAAAGAGAAAGCACAGGCCAGGAAGAUUUACAGGUUGCAGAAGAGCAGCAAAAGUAGGAAAUAGCUCCAUCACUGAUCUCAGUGCAGAGGUUGACUUGUCCCUUCCUUUACUGUUGCCAAGAACUACACAUGCAGAUGAAUGUAAACUAGCUCAAAGCUUUUUUUGGGUUUUGGUACACAUGAAGUGUACCAAAACCCAGACAAAUACAAAGGCAUGAUUAUUGUUUUUACACUGUACCAAUUAUAUUUUUUUAAAUAAUUUUACACAAUAUACGAAGUAUCAUACAAGGUUGGAUGUUGGAUGUUUAUGAAUAUUUAAUAAAAGGACGUUCAAAUCAAACGAGGACUUCUUGUGAAUGAAGGUGUAAAACUGAUUGAUAUUUACUGAAGCGCAGUAUAGUGAUGAAACCCUUAGUCACAGUAAAAUAUUUCAGACAAACAUUUUAAAGAAUGCCCUACAAUAUGGGCUGAGACUCUCUUAGGCCACUGUUUCUGUGAACUUUCGUUUCUGUGAACUUUUAGCUACUGGAACACCUGAUCUCUGAAAAUCACUGAAUAACUUGUCACUAACAAUGCAUCUGUCUGUGCGAACUGUACACACAGUUAUUUAUAAACACCACUUUACAGCACAUUACAGGAACUCGGCUGCAAGUUAUUGUCACGCUCCCAUAAAUUUAUGAGUGCUUCAAGCCAUUUCCAGACGUUUGGGCCAUAAAAGGAGUUCCUGAGAGACCAGCGUUUUAGACGUGAAGCAGGCAGUCAGAUCAUGGCUGACAAAUCGUUCUACCUUGAUAGUAUCCAAGUACUAGUGAAACGCCGGGAUAUGUGCAUUAGUGUGGCAAAGGAAUAUAUAGAGAAAUAAAGGUAGUUUUUCCUCUCAUAACUGUGUUCUGUUAUUCUGCACAAUCAAAAGUCCUCGUUUGACUUGAACACCAUUCAUAUUUAAGCACAGGCUUCUGUUUAGGAAUUUUGUCUUGUAGAUAGCAGUAAAAGCAAAUGAAAAAACAAACAAACAAAUGAAAUCGGCCUAUUGUAGCCUACUAUAUGUUGCACUUGUUGCUUACAUUGACUGAUUCUUUAACGCAAUUAAUUAACUGUAUUGUAGACUAAUUUGGUUUUAUUAUCGAGCUUUCUGUACUGUUCUGUGCUAAUUUAUGUAGCCCCAUGACCCUGGGGCAGCGUUGUUCAGUUUUACUGUGUACUUACUGCACCUUCUGUUAAUAGUGG